AUGCGGAGUCGUGGCACGUUGCCGCUCUCGAGCCAUACCCUCGGCUACCAAAACACUACCACGUCCAAGAAGAACAAAGAAAUCGACGGAGAACCAAAAAUCAAGGCCAUCCAACUACAAAAACUUGUCAAAGGGCCCAACGAGCUCACGGUCUCCGAUCUACCCGAUCUCCAGCCAUCACCAGACAAGUACUUGAUCAAGGUCCAUGCCGCUGCCACCAACUUCUUCGACGUGCUCCAAAUACAAGGCAAACAUCAACAGAAACCUCCAUUCCCAUGGAUCGCAGGCAACGAAUGUGCUGGAGAGGUUGCAGCGCAGCCGACGGCUUCCAAGACGACGCCGAAAUUCAAGAUUGGUGACAAGGUCUUUGGAGCUGCGUUAGGAACGUUCGCGACGCAGAUUCAUGUCGAGGAAGUCGGACUCAGGCCAAUGCCAGAGGGCUGGUCGUAUGCUGAGGCCAGUGGAUUGUUUUACACCGCUCCCACGGCGUAUGCUGCAUUGAUCUUGCGGGCGAGGGCAAAGAAAGGCGACUAUGUUCUCGUCCAUGGUGCGGUCGGUGCUGUCGGCCUCGCAGCAAUCCAGAUAUCGAAAGCUCUCGGCAUGAUGGUGAUUGCCACCGUCAAUUCAGACGACAAAGGCAGAGUCGCCAAACGCUUCGGAGCCGACUACGUCCUUGACAGCACCAAAGAUUGGGAGAAGGAAGCGAAAGCCUGCACGCCAAAUGAGCGAGGUGUCGACGUAGUCCUGGAUCCUUUAGGCAUGAUCCAGCGGUCGUUGAAAUGUACCCGAUGGGACGGUCGACUAGUGGUCAUCGGUUUUGCUGCAGGUGAGAUCGAGAAGAUCCCUACGAACCGCUACUUGUUGAAGAACGUCGCUGUCGCCGGGCUGUUCUGGGGCGAGUACGCCAACAAUGACCCGGACUCGGUGGUGGCGGUCUGGGACGCUCUUCUGGGCUUGAUAGCCAAGGGCGGCGUGAAGCCCAUGAUGUACACAGAGAAGAAGUUUAUGGGUCUCGACCAGAUGCCGGCUGCUUUGAACCUGUUGGCCAGUGGGGAGGCUUGGGGAAAGAUCGUGGUGGAGAUACCGCAGGGGAAGGAGUCGAGGUUGUAA